CGGUCUGGUAACAUCGUGGAUCCUGUGAGCCAUGACGGCCACCCUCAAACCGAUGGCCUGCUGUGCAUCUGGUAGCCGCGUCUGUGGAGGACGUGCGCAGGGCGCGCUCGCAACAAAUUAUAGCAGAGGCGCACGAAUGCUGGUCACGGCAGACUCGCGUUUCGGCAGGCAUGGCAGGCAGUAGCCGUUUUGGCUCUGCCCAUCUUGGUGCGUCCCGUUGGGAGCGCGCGCGGUCGCCCAAGGAAGCUGCUCCCAUGUCCGGCGAGCUGCCCCAGCAGCGUGAGGUCGGCGACGCAGGAGCGAUGCGCGGGCGGCUGAAGCUGCGCACUCCCGAGGGCUCCGAGAGCGGCAGCCUCAGCUCCCUCGGGGGCGACGACGCGGGCACCUCGGCCGCGCCCUGCGAGGACUCCGAGGGUGGCAGCGUCAGCUCCCGCGGGAACGACGACAGCCACGACGGGUGCCUCGCCGCCUCCGAUGGGAUGCAGCAGGUGCGGUGCGCGCUGCGCCUCGACGUGGCCUCCGCGCCAGGCAGCAGCAUGGCCACGCCCUCGCAGUGGUCGGCUGGCGGGCACGUCCACACCAGCGCCAGAUGCAGCUCGGGCGCGGUCGGCGUGGCGGAGCAGCCGCCCGAGCAGGGCUCCCAGGCUGGGUCGCCGGAUGUCUCGGUUGGGACCUCUGUCGUGGUACCGUGCGGCCAGGAGCCUCGGCCGGCGAAGGCGAUCGCCGAGGGGCCGAGCGCGGAGCUGGAGGCGGAGAGGGCGGCGGAGGGAACGGAGUCGCAGAGGCUUCAGGCGGACCAGCAUCUGACGACCGUGAAGCUGAGGCUGCUCAUCAGGGCACAGGAUGCGCAGCUGGCGAAGCAUAGGGAGGACCUCGACAGGGCCGAGCGAAGAGCCGUCUACGCGGAGGCCAAGCUCAGCAGGAUGGAGGCACGUGAGGCCGAGCUGCUGGCCAAGCUCGAGCAGCAGGAGGCCGAGAAAGCCGUUCGGCUGGUGCGGCUGCAGGGCGAGAAGCUGGAGUUGGAGGGGCGCUGCGCGCGGCUGCAGAAGGCUCUGGAGGCCGAGCGCGAGCUCUGGGAGUCGCGCGACCAGGAGGAGAUCAAGACACCUCGGGAGCAGCUCGCCGCAAUAAGCCCACUUCGUCUUGUGUGCGCGUGCUUGCGUGCGCCCGCGUUUGCAGCCGUGAGCCCCGUAGUGCUGGACUCUGCUGGCCAUUAGUAGGCCGUCCGUUCUCAACCCCCUUGUCUUUGCUGAGUGCAGUUUUCAAUGCCAUGCCAAUGGUAAUCGGACGGUGAUUGCGUGAUGCCAUCGCAAUGUGAUGGUACUCACGUGCUUCAUGAGUGUGCGAUGCAGGGAUAAUUUGGAGCCAGUCCCAGGGAUGGCAACAGGCCGUAUCGAAGCUCUCGUCAAAUGGUUCGUUUUUAUUGCACAUGUUUUCUACAAUUCUUGACGCUUCGCGUAUCCACACCAGCCUAGACACCUCCCUGCGUGCGGCGACACGUACCGGACAAGGGAGCACGAGCGCCCUUCCCGCUGACCUACGGAACGACGCCCUCAGCACCAUCGCCUGGGGCACCGCCAUACUGCAGCUAGAAAGACGAAUGCGAAGGCUUUUCGAACAGCACGGCCUCCCCAACAGAAUCUUGCAUGCCUUCAACGCCUACUGGGACGCUCAACCACUCCUCGGCACACGCAACGCCGCCGGCAGGAGAGUGCUGUCCAGGGCGGCGGCCCUCUCCGCAGACGCUGCGUGUGCCAGGAUUCAGAGCCUCGCGGACACUCUGGC